AUGCUACAUCAUUGGCGGUCUUAUUUGCUAGCUCCUUUUCCCUCACUUCGGGCGAGCAACACUCUACAUAACCGGCAUAACAUUUAUGUUUAUCAUUCUCAUCACUAUUGGCAGUCUUGCUUGGGCAGAGUCAUAGAGUGCACAACUUGCUAUCGGCGUACUCUUGGUCAUAUCUACACUUUGCAACAUAAUCACCAUUGGACCAGUCUACUACUCAAUCGUCAUAAAGACACCGUCAGGUCGCCUCAGAUAUAA